AUGCCGUUCCAGCCCCCCAAGCUUGAGAAGUGCGUCCGUUGCGGUAAGACGGUGUACGCCGUGGAACGAGUUGAGGCCGGCGGCCAGAUCUGGCACAAGGGCUGCUUCCGCUGUGGCCAGUGUGACGUAGUCCUCAACCUCAACAACUAUAAGCAGGCUGACAAACAACUCUACUGCGGCAAACACUAUCAAGAGAUGGUUUUGGCGAAGAACACACAAACGCCUGCCAUGUAA